AUGGAAUCCGUUACCAAGGUAGAGGAAACUGCAGCUGUCGACUUAGACGCCUUACUGGACGCUGGGGAGGACGCCACGGUGACUCUCGUGCCAGGAGAGACGCGGCUGAUGGCGCGCAGGGCCGUCCUGGCAGCGAGGAACCCCGUCUUCAGCGCAAUGUUCAGCCACGACACGCUAGAGUCCAGCAGCAAUGAGCUCACCAUAACAGACGUGGAGGGUCCGGUGCUGAGAGAGCUACUGGCCUACUGCCACACACUGAAGACUCCACAUCUGUCCAGCAUGGCUCCCCAAGUUCUGGCAGCAGCAGACAAAUACGAUUUGUCGGGAUUGAAGACAGAGUGCGAGCAGCAGCUGGCUUCUCUGCUGACUGUGGAGUCAGCGGCGGCCACAGCUGUGCUCGCUGUCAGGCACUCGUGCCCCAGCCUCGCGAAAGCCGCCGUCGCCUUCAUAAAGGCCAACUUUCAGGUGCUGGCCACUCAGGGUUGGGCUGAUGCUGUGCACAACCAGCCCAAGGAUGUGGUCGAAGUGUGUCGGCUACUCGGGCAGCCACCUAAAGAAAUCAGGAGCGGUUUUGGAGAAGAGGAAACCAGGAGACUGAUAGAGGCGUUCGAGGAGGGGGAUGUAGAGGAGCUGCUGGAACUUACCGCGGCAGCGGCGGAUGUGAGGACGAGGGACAGUGAAGGGAUGAUCGCCCUGCACUGCUUUGCAGAGAUGGGAUACGUGGAGGUAGUGAGGGGUCUGGUGGAGAGAGGGGCAGAGGUUGACGCCAGGAACAGCAGUAACGAGACGCCCCUGCACUUGGCUGCAAUCGGUGGUCACUCACCUAUUGUGCGGCUGCUGGUAGCGUGUUCCGCUGACGUCAACGCAAGGAAUUGUUACGAGAGAACACCGCUGCAGUUUGCUGCGUGGCAUGGGUACGAAGAGACGGCAGCGUUUCUGGUGGAGGCGGGAGCCGACACGGAAGCUAGGGAUAAAGAUGGGAGAACCUACCUCGACUGA